AUGGAUAUGGAGGGUAAUCUUCCCAAACGCGUUCCGGAGGAGGUGCUUUUCAAGUGGGACGAUGGAACUGAUUCGAAGCGUCACCAUGCAGGCAGCCUUAGUGCAGGCGUAUCGGCAGUGUCGAGUUUCCUUGCCGAGCCUUUGAGUACACGUGCUGCCAACGCAUUUAAAAACGUCGCAUCGAGUCGUGUGGUUCCAUCUGAUCGCGUGGACACCAACAACGUACAUGUAGAGGCACAGAAGAUUCGAGAAACAGUAGCAAAUAUUCAGCUGUCGCAUAACCGUGACUGGCUUUCUUCAAACACUCACGUGACUGCACUGGCUAAGCUGGAUGUACUGGACCGUCUUUCGUGUUUAUUACUGAACAGGGAGAGUGCUAUGCGUUACGAGUCGCUUCGUUAUUCUCAGCGCGAGUGUACUUCGGAGUUCGAAUUCCACCGAGUUCUUUACGAGGCUCGGUUAUCUCGUUUGAAUAGCGCUUUGGUUCCAGAAUUUUGCGUGCAACCCAUAUAUAUUAGGAACUCUACAUUGGUUUCAAAGCUCAAAGAAAACUGUGGGUGCCCUUUACAUGUAUAUGUUGAGUGGAAUAUUCGCCAGUCUCAACCCGCAGGGCCCCGUGGCCCGGCUGCGGGCACUGGCGUUGACAUUUCGUUUGGAACGUUUCGCCGCGCAUCUACAAAUGUGUCUUAUCUGCAACCAUAUGGUAGCGGUGAGUUCUUUACCGCCCGCGAGGAUCCCUUGAGCAGUCCUUACGUUCCGAAUGCCGAAGGUACGCGUAGUGAUUCCUUCCAUUCGUUUAGUGAUUCUGCGCCACCAAUGGGACUGUCCUUUGCGGAUAACUCUGGUUCAAAUGUACAAUAUCCUAACCCCGGAAGUUCUGGUCCUGGUGACGUGCUUCCAGCCGCCACCACUAACCAUUCUUCCGUGGCUGAAGAUUCGUGUGAUGAUUGGAAGUUAAGACCCGGUCACUUCCAACGCCAAUCUCAGGUUAAGGGUCCGGUUACGACGCCUUCAGCUAACGCCAAAAGUUCGCAUAAUGGGAUUAGCGCCUUUGAGCACGUCGAGGCCAUAUGCCCAAUGCACUCUGCAGUAGGUCUACCGGAUCUGUUAUGUGAACGUGGUGGACAUAUGCACGUGAUAUCUGAACUGGGACUAUUAUGUCGUUACGAUCAAUCCCCCAUUAACGGCGAGAGCGUACACGUGAUGUCAUUGCACAAGCUACGUGGAGGCCAGAAGGUGUCGCACUUCCGUCUACCGUCUCGUCUGCAAGCUGUGAAGGCAGUUCACCUCCGAGAUUUUGAGCUGGAACGCUACGCUUCAGCUUUUGAUUUGGACGAAAAUAAUGCAGACGCUGCAAGUAAACUUGGCAGGGAGUACCUUGCAUCACUUUACAGUGGCCCGGCUCUUCUGAUCGUGACGUCUUCAGAGUUCAUUAUCGCUAUGGUUCACGAAUCUUCUGGAGAUUUCCGCCUUGGUGUCUUGUUCCGAGAACGCAACAUUGGGCACGAUAUUCGUGAUGUCAUCUGUCAUCGUGCCUCUGGUAGAGUGUUUAUGUUGGCUGCGAACAGCCUUUUGUACGAGUUCCAGUACCAGUUGGGUGCUGUGGACGUAAAGGAUCACUCGAUAUUCGGGAAGCUCUUGUCAACCGCAGCAAAAGGCUGCAAAAUCCUGCUCAAUGCAUUGAGCAGCGAUCGCGUGUACAAGCUGUAUGGCACCGUUCCGAGCGGUUACACCGUGGAAGCGGACACUAAUGAGGAAGGUACCGCCGUUGAUGGCACGCCUAAUUGGUGGGAAUCUAGCGGGAAUUGCCUACAGGAUUCCAGUGGUUCCUGUCCGGCUUUAGGCACAGCAUAUUGGCCUCCUUCUGAGUGGCGCGCAUUGCAUUUGUCUCUGCAGGAGUCCAGUUUUUCUGACGGUUCUAAUAAAGAGAGCUGUACGUGUGUUAGCCGCAGUUGCUGCGUGAAACGUGAGUGUCGUACUUGUUUGAAACUAUUGAACCCGUGGAACAAGUCAUACUUUGGCGUGCUUUCGGUAGGCGACUCCCAUAUAUGUUUGGAUCAGGAUCGCUGGUUAUUAUGUAUGUUGUCUCAUGAUACUGGAGAUUUGAGUGUAUUUAAGAUUGCUGACGAGUGUAAUUACGAGACAUUUGUUAAGGGUGUUGUGGAAUUUGGACGUCUGUUUCCCUACAAUUUGACAUUCUUUUGUCUGCGCCAAGGCGACCUUGUUACUCAGUUGACUAGGGCUGGUUACUUUAGGUUGGUUGGCAGCCCUUCUGGUUUCCGUUGCGUAACGGUGUUGAAUGCUCCAUUGGGUGGUACAGAGGGUGUCGACAUCAUAUUGGUUGACAAUUUCGGUACUCGUAUUUUCAUUGGUUUUGUUACUGACUCGCAGAAUAAGACGUCUUUGGUUGUUAAAGGUUUCAAGGUGGCACAAACAUUUUUGAACCGUCGUUCUCUAGCUAUAAAAUCAUCUUAUCAUCAGAUGGGCAUGUUCUGGCGCGAUCGAUAUGCUGGUUCUCCCGGCGGAACGCGUCCCGCACGUCCCAAAUACUACUACCUAAAUGAUUUGUUUGUUUCCUGCGAGACAUAUGGGAAGAGUGGCAACCUUUCUUUGGCUAAGGUAUCGCUUUUUACUCCCGAGUCAGCGUCACUGUGUCACUCAAAUGGCGAUGCUCCCCAAUCGGUAUCGGAGGAGCUGUGGUCGCAUAAUCAGCGUGUGUCUUCUGGAGGUAAUAUUUCUUCAGGAGCGUCGGCCUCACCUUCGUCAAAUGGUACAAGGCCUGUCGAAUGGUUUGACGAAUUUUGUUUCUUAACUUCGCCCGAUGAGGAGAUUCUUGAGGUGUACGCUGAGCGUCGUCCUUGUGUUGUUGGUGAGACUCCUUGUGGUCUUGGUUGGGAGUUGAUAUUUGUGACUUCUCAAAAGAUGUACACAUUCCAUCGCUCCAGCCUGUUACACGUAAUAUCGGCAUUGUUGCAGCACCCACUGUCUACCCUUCGUUAUCUGGAUCCUCCGCCGCUUUGGCGUGAACAUCGUCCAUCGCAUUCAAUACGUCGUGAGUCCCCCGUUGAAGGUAAGGAGGGUACUCAUUUCGUUGACAUUUUUGCUGAUGCAUCGCAACGUGGUGAUAUGUUAGGUGAGGAUACGAACAAAGGUUUGGUGGCUUACGGAUUGUACUACUUAUGUUGGUUAUACACCCCUGAAGAGGUCUUCAAGGUUUGCUGGCAGUUUUUGCUUGACCACAACGAUCCUGUGCUAGAGGCAUUUCUUUUGCAAACUAGAGACGAGCACUGUUUGCUCUUAUCUUCAAUGGGUAUCCCCUCUAGGUUGUUUGGUUGGACCGCCCCCGGUGCUUAUGCGAUCGAUGACUUAGGUAAUCCAACAACUCCCGUGGUGAGCCCUUGGUGCAAGUUUGUGAUAUUUGAGGAGCCUCGUUGUCACCGUUUCAAUCGUAUUCGGACAUGUCUAACCUCUUCGGCGGUUGAUGGAGCUCUAUCCUUAGUAUGCAGCAUGCUAGAGUCUCUGUGGCUAGAGCGCACUUUUUCGUGCACUCCUCUGUUUACAUCAGCGUCUUACUCGCCUCCAGAAGACAGUGCGGUGCCCUUCACGCCUAAUGACCAGCUACCGCGUCGUAACGAGUUUGUGGUUGGUCCUAGGUUCGCUAGCAACAUAAUUCUCUGUUUGUCUCGGCCUGUAGAGGAUGUGAAGUCUCUUUUGGCACAGAUGCGCAAACUCUACCUUUUGCUAAACAGGGUUACCGUGAACUAUGAGUCCUUGCAGAACAGUACUAUGGAAUGGUUGGCCCAUUCUGUGGGUCGUUUGUUACCUCGGUUACAGCGCGACAUAUUCUCUGAGAAAUGUUCUGAGGAUAUUUCUUCAUGCCCCGGGGUAUGGGAGUACAAUUUUGCUACGGGAAAUGGGCCGGUAGAUGUUGGAGGUAGUUCUUUUUCAUGUGAUUUUGCUACUCUGCUGCGUCGUAUUCGCGAUCGCCAUACCCGUGACGUGAAAACCUUACGUGAACUGGUAACUCUGCUCGAGAUAUCACAAGAGUAUCUGGCGUGUUGUGUUUUGUUGCACCGUAACUGUAUUUUGGGAGAUGCACAACACGAGUUUGGACAGAUGUUUACCAACGUUGAGUUGCUUCCUUCUCAAUCGUGCGGCCGUCUGUCACUCAAUGACCUUCGUUAUCACCGUGUGAUUCGAUCUCACGAGCCUACGGUGUCUGCUUUCAGCGUGCAGUUGGGUACCGCUUGGGAAGCUACGCCUUAUGCGUUCACGAUGUCGCGAGAAUUCUUCUACAUCAUAUGGCGUUCUAACCUGUUGAAUCUGUAA